AGAAAGACGAAUUUAUCGGCACAUCGGCUUAGCGCUACCAGUAUAUGGCCAACCACCGAAAGUGCUACGAUCGCGGCAAAUCGGUUUCGAAGGACAAGUACUGUCCAGGAUUCUCUCUGAUUACGAUUCGCAUACACGGCCCCCAGUCAGAGAUUCGGCCGACCAUUCCGCAAUCGUCGUCAUUGUAUCGCUUUUCAUCAACCGCAUCCUAUGGCAAGACGAUCAAGCGGUUGUCGAUUUGUACUUACGGCAGCAGUGGGAAGACGGUCGAUUAGCUUACGAAGUGGACAGUCGUGACGGCCUGGAGGAGGUAGCCAUACCACAUAAUCGACAUGUUUGGAUUCCGGAUACCUAUUUCUCCAAUGGCCACGAUGUGCAUCACGACAAACGACGCCGUACAGUUGUGGAGCCUAGCGGAUACGUUCGAGCUUCUGAAAUGCGCACAGUGACCGUGCCCGCUCAAUAUGGUUCGAAGUUUCCGUUCGAGAACACGCGAAUGUUCAAACUCAGGCUUUCAAGCUACAAUUAUCCAAUCGAGGAUGUGGUGUAUUUGUGGGCGAAUUCACCACCAACCGUGGUACCAGUGGAGGUGUCACAAGAGUUGCUCACUGGCCCGUACGAAUUCAAGGAAGCUGUGGCUGAGGAUUGUGUUGGAAAUUAUACCGUUGGCGUUUAUUCCUGUAUCGAUGUACUCGUAACAUUCACUGGUUCAGCUUCCGAAGCAUUUUGGCGCAUUUUCAUCCCAUCCAUAUUAUUGCUGUUCGCGUCUUGGCUUCAUUUCUGGGUGCACGGUUCAUGGUCUGUACCGCGAACAAUCAGUGCUGCUGUACCGUUUUUCAUAUUCGCAAUCUGGCUUCUGUUCUGUUUGCUGCUAACUUUCGCAUCACUGCUUGAGUAUUUCAUUGUAAUCUGCUGCGGCAUAAGAAGGACAAUCCGAUACAAAAAUGGAAAGAUCCUAAAAGAUGACGAAUCACCGCUUACUGUCACCCGAGAGACAGUGGAGGUUGCAUACGAUACGAAAUGUGCGCAUUUCAAGCAAAACCACGGAAUCGAUCUUGUUUCACGAGUCCUAUUUCCGCUUAUAUUCCUCGUUUUCCUCAUCAUUUUCCUCAUUAUUUAUUUGAUUUAA